CAGUCGUGGCAAAAGCCGGGGCAAAUCUCAAGCCAAGAGUUGUGCACGAAGCAAAAGCCGAGCACGCAGUCGUAGCAGAGGAAGGAGCAAAAGUCGUGCUCGUGGCAAGAGUCGAGCUAGAAGUAAAAGCAGGGCAAGAAGCAAAAGCAGGGCUCGCAGUAGGAGUCGGAGCCGAAGCAAGAAGAAGAGUCAUGCAAGGAGCAAAAGCCAUGUCAGGAGGUCCAAGUCACGAAGUAGCAGUGGUGAAAAGAGCCGUGGCAAAGACAAAAAGAGAAAGAGGAGCCCCAGCCACAGCUGCAGCAGUGUAAGCAGUAGUAAUAAUCUGACCGGGAGUAGUCUGUUAGAAGGACUGAAGCUGGUCAUGAACAGCAAAGAACUGGAAGAGCGGUUGCCCACCCUCAAAGAUGCCAUCCUCACUAUUCAGGCCUCAGAUGAAAGCAAAAAAGUGGAGCUUGUGCCGGAUGAGCACAGACAUCAGAAACAUGACAGUCUGGAGAAUUCAACAUCAUUGGAAAACGACAGUAUGCUCCUUCCCCAUGACAGAGUAGGCAGCGACUUCUCUUGGCUUCAGGCUCAAAGUCAAGAGGAAUCUGCAGUCCAGAAAGCUGAUGAGCUGGAAGAUGAAGAGUCGUUCUUGUAUGGGAAUGAAGACACUGGAGGAAAACAAGCCAUUAAGUCCUCCACUACACUUUUUGCAUCGAUUUCCCAGAUUGGAGGCCAUGCCAAACUACAAGACAUGGAUAGUGUUGCUCUUGGCAGUCAACAGCAUCAGAAUAGGUCUGUAUUCAGUAAUGUAGGGGAUGUGCUUGAUCUGAAGCAACCCCUUCAAAUUACUUCCUCAAGCUUAGUCAAUCUGGACAGCAGUGAGUGUGAGAAGAUCAAGAACAUUUUAAAAAGUCUGGGCACAGCAGACAUCAGCGAGAUCAUGGUGAAGAUGCAGGGGCAGAAGGAGGGGAAGCAGAUACCUCCUGUACUUCUCGGCUCAGAAGCAACAGCAGCAGGCUUAACAUUGCCAGCACUGAAUAACCCGAACGUACGGCAAGCUCUGGAGUCUCUACAGUCUCUGAUCAAAGCAACAAAGGAGAAGCGGGCAAAAAGAGAUGGCAGUGGCACAUCUCAGACAUCCUCUGAUAAACACAAGGCAGGGGACGAGGAGGAAAGGAAGAGAGAGAAACAAGCAAGAAUAAGUAAAAUGGAGUCCUUGAUGAAAGAACUGGAGGAAUUGUUGAAACAGGAUGGAUUGAGUUUUCUGACACCAGUAAUUGGGUUUUACUGCCAGAAAUGUGAGGAGUUCAUUGGAGAUUUGAAUAGUGCCGAAAACCAUGCCAACAUCCACCACCAUAGUAACUCUAGCAGUCAGAUUGUGCAGAUGGACAACCAUGCUAAAGACAGCAAAGGACACUUGCACUAUUUUAAAGGUACCAGUAGCCAACACUCGCAUCCCUCAGACAGGAGAGUUAACAAGGACUACGGUUACCAUAGAGAUUCAGAAGAUCACGGAAAUCACAGAGACUGGAAAGACGAGAGAGAUCACAGAAGCAAACACAACGACGACCACAGAGGCCACAGGGCCAAGCAGGAAAACAUCUCCUUGAAAGAGGAGAUGAGGAAGGAGAGGAUGCUCAUAACGGUAUCCCGUGGACGGACACCUCCUCCAGACAUCAAGGUCAAGGAGGAGGUGAACAACAAGCAGGCCAUUGGGAGCCAUAGCAAAGUGGAAGACACGGACAAAAAGGGAAAAUCAUCCAAAGAGAGCAGAGAAAAAGAUAACCAAGUAAAAGAUGAAAGCAGUGAAAGUAGUGAUGAUAACAAAGGAAAAACACAUAAAGCAAAAUCACCUAAAAAGAAAAAGAAGAAGGAGAAGAAGAAUAAGAAGAAAAAGGAGAAGGGGAAUAAGUCCUAAUUGUUGUAUUAUGCUUCUCAGUUUCCAUUUCUAUGUUACCCUGAUUCCUGGGGUGAUGAUGGAAGCUUGUUGCAGCCCAAGUUUCUACACUUAAAAAGGCCAAGUUUUAUCAUUGCACUCCUGGGAAUCAAGUUAUUUUUUUUCCUCUUCCCAGUUAGUUUUUGUUUUGAUGGUAAGAAGAAGAGGGAGAUGGGCAUCGAGGACUAAUUCAUCAUUGUGCAAGGGACAGUGUGGAAGUGCACUUGUUGCUGUCAGCUUCAGUCAAAAGAUAAGGUUUAUAUCAGUUUUAUCCUUGUGCAUCUAGUACGGAGAUGGGUCUUACCCAGACUUGGCACCAAGACUGGAAGCAGGUUUCCACUCUUGAUUGAGUUGCCUCCAGUGUUGGUGCCAACCAAGGCUAAAUGCAUCCCAGACUGAUUUUCAAACAAGUGCAUUUUCCAGAAUGUCAACAUGCUUCCUAUUGUUAAGUGGUCUACAGAUUCUUAAAUGACAAUGCAUAUGUUAAUGUAUGGCAUGUCUUAAGUAUUUCCUCACAUCCUGGUUUUAUCUUUCAAUUAAAUGUUUGAAAAAUUAAGCGGUGAAUUAUUUUUGUCAACAUCCUUAUCUUUGUCAAUACCAUUGCUUCUGCGUGUGUAUUUUCCAAGGACCAACAGCAUUGUAGUGUUGUGGUUUGUAGUGAGUUCCAUUUUCUUCCAUGCAUUUUUAUCUGAACUACAAGACGUCUGUCUCCUGUGGUGGCAUUGUAGAUGAAAGGAAAAUACAAAAAUAUGUUCAAAUAAAAAAGGUGAAAAACUACAA